GCCCAGCAGAGGUUGAACUUAAACAUUCCAGCACGUGCCUGGUACCUGGUACCAGAUACAUCAGACCAGAAGAGUCGCGAGCUGACAUGGAGUCCAUCAUGAGGUGUGUUUGUUUGUGCGCCUCCUUGGCGCUGAUGGAUGCUCAGCCGCAGUCUCCGACCCAAACCUUUGGCAGCUUUCAUUCGCCAAACUUCCCGGCACCGUAUCCUUCCGAGACGCAACGUCGCUGGAACAUUAGUGUCUCUGACGGUUUUCGAGUGCGACUCUACUUCAGCCAUUUUGACCUGGAGCCCUCGUACCUGUGUGAGUACGACUAUGUGAAGGUGGAGGCAGAGGGGGAGAUGCUGGCGCUUUUCUGUGGUCGGGAGGACACGGACACGGAGGCGGUGCCAGGUCAAAAGGUCAUCACCUCCCCCGGGAAUACCAUCAGCAUCAUUUUCUCCUCUGACUUCUCCAACGAGGAAAACUUCUCAGGAUUCAGUGCUCACUACAGCGCUGUGGACGUGGAUGAGUGUGUGGACGGCGUGGAUGAAGACAUGCAGUGUGACCACCUGUGUCACAACUACCUGGGGGGGUUCUACUGCUCGUGUCGCCAUGGUUACCAGCUGCACUCAGACAAGCGCACAUGUACAAUCGAGUGCGGUGGCCACGUGUUUCGGGAACGUUCCGGAGUAGUGAGCAGUAUGGACUUCCCUGCUCCGUAUCCAAAGAGUUCCGAGUGUUUGUACCUCAUCGAGGUGUCAGCGGGCCUCAAGCUCCGCCUCCACUUUGAGGACACCUUUGAUGUGGAGGACCAUCCUGAGGUUGUGUGUCCGUAUGACUACAUCAAGAUCCGAGCGGGCUCUAAAGACUUGGGUCCAUUUUGCGGCCGUCAGUCGCCCGGUGUCAUCGAGACCGACAGUAACGUGGCCGCCAUAUUGUUUCACAGCGACAACUCCGGGGAGAACCUCGGUUGGAGGCUGACGUACACGUCUGUAGAGACAGGAAGCCACUGUCCGGUUCCAGGGGGGCCUCCAAACAUCAUACUGAGCCCGGUCCAGUCAGAGUACUCCUUCAGAGACCACGUGGUGAUCACAUGUGCUCCUGGGUUCAAACUGGUCCAGGAUGGCCAGCAUGUGGAUCAGCACCACAUGGAGUGUCAGGCUGACAGGAAGUGGAACAGCACUCUUCCUGAUUGUCAAAUGGUGGACUGUGGCGACCCCGCCGCAGUGGACCAAGCUGAUGUAGUGUUUGGUAGCCAUGACAACCGCACGCUGUUUGGAGCCACCGUCCGCUACUUGUGCAGGGAUGACGCCUUCCAGAUCCAACCUAACGACAGUCAGUACCACUGCGGGCCAAGCGGGCUUUGGGUCCACCCUGAUUUGGGGGCACAGCUUCCCUCCUGUGUGCCAGCGUGUGGCCGUCCCGCCAGGCUCUUCCCCUCGCAGGUGAAGCGUAUCGUGGGGGGGCGCACCGCCGAGCCCGGCCUCUUCCCCUGGCAGGUUCUGCUGAGCGUGGAAGAUCUGUCCCGCGUUCCGGAGGAUCGUUGGUUCGGUUCCGGUGCCCUGCUGUCUGACAGGUGGGUCCUGACGGCGGCCCACGUGCUGCGGUCCCGGCGGCGGGAUGCCCACGUGGUCCCCGUGGCCCCCGAAUACAUCAAGGUCUUCGUCGGACUCGUGGACGUGAGAGACAAACUCACAGCUGCCGCUCACUCGGCGGAAGAGGUCAUCCUCCAUCCGCAGUUCCGGCCUAGCAACUACAACAAUGACAUCGCCAUGGUGAGGCUGAGCGCCCGGGUGCAACUUAACGCCGUCAUACGGCCCAUCUGCCUGCCCCCCCCACAGCGCCAGGACGACGCCCCAACGCCCCUGCCCAACUCUGUGGGUGUCGUUGCUGGUUGGGGAAUCUCCGACCCUUCCUCUGACAUCUUAACCCCGGACCCGGGAACGACCUCUGACCUCCUGCAGUACGUGAAGCUGCCGGUAGUGUCUGAAGACGAGUGUCGCGCCAGCUACACCUCACGCUCAGGCGGAUACAACAUCAGCGACAACAUGUUCUGUGCCGGCUUCUAUGAGGGGGGGCGGGACACUUGCCUUGGGGACAGCGGGGGUGCCUUCGUCAUGGAGGAGCCGCUCAGCCAUAGGUGGGUAGUGUUCGGGCUGGUGUCUUGGGGUGGCCCCGAGGUGUGCGGCAGUCGGAGGGUGUACGGCGUCUACACACGCGUGGUUAAAUACGUGGAGUGGAUCCAGAACCGCACAGACAGCGCCUCCUGGUGGAGGCACUGA